UCGGCAGUCAUAAAAAGUGCAGCGGACCAGCAGACCUCAACAUACUUAGCUGUGGACACAAGUAUUGAACAGUGAACAGAGGAUUUCAGUUGACUCUCUCGGCCUGAAGGGUACAGCAUGUCCGAAAUGCGUGACGACAUUUUCACAAAGAACUUCUUGAACCUGGCCCUGGACGACGCCUUGCUCACAAGACAAUCUCAACUCAAAGUCCCGGGACUGGGUCGACUGAACCGGUCCGCCUCGAUCUUUUCGCCCGACUCCCCGCCCACGCCAUCCGACGUCGGUUUCGGCAACGAUGACAAUGGCAGCUCGCUCUGGUCGUUCAACAUCUGGAGCCAGGCCCCCGGCCUUCAGACAAAAACAUCCGCCCUGCAAGCGCGCUCCAUGAGCCUGACUGAGUCCAGCAUCUCCCUGCUCUCCACGAUUGAGCAACUCAAGAACCUGGAGGCUUUUCCCUCAGGACCUGCAACGACGGUGGCCCCGCCGCCAGGCUUCCCUCCCGCGUCCAAUCUGCCACCCCAGGUUCCGCCCAUGCUCUCCUCGAACCGGUACAAGACCGAGCUCUGCCGCGGUUUCCAGGAGACCGGCAGCUGCAAGUACGGCAGCAAGUGCCAGUUUGCCCACGGCGAGGCGGAGCUGCGUGGAAUGUACCGUCACCCAAAGUACAAGACGGAGCCCUGCAGAACCUUCUACAACUUCGGGUACUGCCCGUACGGCUCACGUUGCCACUUCAUCCACGAGGAAAGAAGCAGCGGCAGCCAACUCGCAUCAGCCAAAUUCCAGCAAAACCAGACCGCAACCGGCGGUCAGAACCCACGCCACCAGCUUCGCCAAAGUGUGAGCUUUGCAGGCUUCCUGGGCUCGUCCCGCACCUCCCCUCCGCCUCCGUUCUCUACAUCCUUCGUCGAUCCAAACCUGGGUUUCAGCAGGGCUCCGUCCGUCUCCCCGCCCCCGGCAGACCUCAUUUCCCCGGUGUUCGGCGACUCCCACUCUCGGGACGUGGCGGCCUUCCAGUUUGGCACCCACCAAACCCGCGCCAGUUCCGGGGACAUCCACAACAUUCCUCUCAUCGUGGAGCCCAAGGCCUCGCGCUGCCUCUGCGGCCACGGCAAUGACUUCUCCGCUUUGCAGGGACACGGCGGCAGAGGCUUCUCCAAGACGCUGGACGGGAACCAGCAGGACGGCAACACGCUGUACGCGGGCGGGUCGAUGAAGCACGCCAGUCUGCAGCGCUUCUCCUCCGAGGACUCCCUGGAGGACAGCUACAGCAGCAGCAGCGGAGGCUCCAGCGGGACUGAGUCUCCGACCUUUGACGCCUCGUCCAACAAGCGGCUCACGGUCUUCGAGCGCCUCUCCUUGUCCGACUAGGCGGACCCCUCAGGAUAAGAACUGUGUCUGUCUUCGUACCCAGAACUGAUCAGGACAAGUCAACUUUCUGACACUUCUUAAUUUGUCAAAUCCGAACUCAUCUUGGGCAAAGAGAUCGCUCUCGUGCCGAUUGGGGUGUAGCAAAUUCGACCUUGUGGUCUUCCACCAAUCAAAUUCCUCGUAGCGGCAGUUUGAUUGGUUUGCGAUCAAACUGACUCGUCAGCGGUGACCAUCCUCGUGCCUUAAAGACUCUCCCUGCCUCACCAGCUCCUCAGUGCCAAGAACAGUAUGUUUGAUGCCAAGACCCUACACCUACACGAUGCCAUUUUAUCUGUGACAUGCACUUUACAGCAAAUUGGAAUGGGAGAAAACUGCCUCCUAGUAGCAUUCAACCAAAGCUUUAUACUUCCCGCUUCUGAGUGUGUGUGAGUAUGUGUGUGAGUACAUAUGCUUGUGUGUGCCUUUUUCUUUUUUUUACGAGACCAGGGGUGUAAGCGGAUGCAAGAUCAAAAGUGUGCAUGAGAAAAAAUAGAUGUGAAUACACCACCCAACAUUUUGUAAUUUUAGCGCUUUUCUUAUUUUUUUUUUUUUUUUUAAAUGAACCCCUUCUAAGGUCUCCUGUUUGAUUGACAGCCUGGUUCAGGGACUCCGACGCCACAGUAUUUCUUUUUUUUUUUUUUGGUUAUUGGUUGCCUCGCAUUGUUUUAACUUAAACUAAUGUAUUUAUUCUAUUUAUUUCUGUUCAAAAAAAAAAAUGUAUUUUGUACUUUAUUUAUGAAGAAUUAUUCCGAGCUCUGUGAAUUACCAAUGUGAGAGAGAGAAAAAAGGGAGUAGACAAAAAAAAAGAAUCUUAUAUUUUUAAUUGUCCAAAAAGUGUCUAAAUAAACUUCUGAAUAAAGAAAUGAGCUGAA